CGACACGAGCAACAGCAGCCACUAGUAUCAUCACAGUAUGAUUUGCUGACGCCAUCGCGACGUGCACAGCUUAUGUUUGGUAGUGAAACAUUACUUAUGGACUCCAAGAAACAGAACGAACUUCUGUGGGCGCGUGUCUUUCGACAGGAAAAGAAUAUAGCAAACCUCUCUGAAGAAAAUGGAAGACAGGAAAAGACAUUGGCGCACAUGGCAGAGGAAAACAGAAAGCUUGCCGACAUGACCGCACGACUCAGGGAACAACUGGAGGUACAAGCCGAACUGAACAAGGAUCUCGCCAAUCGCAACGACGAGCUUGCCAAUCGCAACACCAAGCUAGCUUCGUACUUGAGGGCCAAGGACACCCAAAUCAGCGUAUUGAAGGAGAACAAAAAGUCACUGAUCGAAAAAAAUUCAAAUAUCGUUUCCUACCUCAAGGAAAUGGACAAGUUUAUUGGGUCGAUCCAGAUCAAACAGGAAGAGCUGUUCGCCCAGCAGCAGCAACUGCGAUUCCAACAUUCCGUGACGGACGGCGGUAGCACUAAGCGAAGGAGAGACGAGCAAAAAAGUAACCAUGGCACAGGUAGAAACACUAAAGCAAGAGGAGACGUAGAAGAGGAAAAUGAUAAGCUCGUUCGUGUUGUUAGUAUCGGCAGCGCAAGAGACGACAAAACUCCAAAUGCAAGAGUGUACGUCAUUGAAGAUUCCGCCACCGACGUCAUUAGCACUAGCAGUUCAAAAGACGGAGAAGAUGGUGACGAUACCACAUGCGGUGAUUCACGAGCAUAAAGGUUGCAACGCGCUGGUGGUAAAAGCUAAAGGACGCAAUGAUAGCUGAGACCUUGAUUCAUAUCAACUGAUGCAAUCAACAUCCCAAACACAACUUGGUUACUCGAGUAUGGAUUUUGUACAACAAUUUUAAUUUUUUUCUUAUUUCCUUAGUAAUGUUAUAACCAGAUCUUCAUUUGUCUAAUUACAAACGCUACGGAAAUUCUAUUGGGAAUAAACAUUCAAUUAAAUU